UAGAAAUAUUAAAAUAAUCAUAAAUUGAGAAAAUUGAGAGUAUAAAAUAGAAACGAAAAUGGACUCACCAAUGUCACCAGCUGCUGUUGUAUCAAUGGAUAAUAUGUUGGGUUUGUUGAGGAUUCGUGUCAAGAAAGGUAUCAAUCUUGCUGUAAGAGAUGUCCGAAGCAGCGAUCCGUACGUUGUUAUCAAGAUGGGCAAACAGAAAUUGAAGACGCGCGUUAUCAGAAAGAACGUGAAUCCUGAAUGGAACGAGGACUUGACGCUUUCUAUUGCAGAUCCUAAUCAUACAAUUUCUCUGACAGUGUACGACCACGACACGUUCAGCCUGGACGACAAAAUGGGAGUAGCAGAGUUCGACAUACGACCAUUUAUCGAAGCCAUAAAGAUGAAACUAGACGGCCUCCCAGACGGCACAAUCAUCACUAAGAUACAACCUUCUAGAACCAAUUGCCUCUCCGAGGAAAGCUCCGUUAUUUGGAAAGAAGGUAAAGUAGUGCAAGGCAUGAUGCUCCGGUUAAAAAACGUGGAGUGUGGCGAAGUUGAAAUCGAGCUGCAGUGGAUCGAUAUUCCUGGCUCUAGAGGUUUAUAGACCGGUACCAAAUUGUUACUAUUUGGUUCCUUUUCUGACCUUGCUGUAACUUUUAUAAAUGUAUGCGUCGUGGAGUUUGUGAGGGGCAUUUUCGUCAGUUUAGGCAAAAGUUUGACAUGGUAGUUGCAAAUAUUAAGAUUGGCAUGCGGCUUUCUAGCCUGUGAUUUAUUUAAUGUUGUAUGAUUUGUAAGAUUUUCUUUUUAUUCAAUAUGAAGUUUGAACUUAUUG